UCCUCGCUUUCCUCCUCCUCCCCCUCCUCCUCGCCUUCCUACUUCUGCACCGGCCGCGCUCCGGCUCCGCCGCUGCCCCUCAGCCGCCGCGGGUGCCGCACCACCGCCUCCCUCCCCGUCCUCCUUCCCUCCCUCCCCCCGCCCCCGCCGGUCCCCCUCCGCCCCGGCCCCGGCGCCGCCGCUUCCACAAGAUGGCGGGGACCGUGGCCGAGCGGGACGCGCUGAAAAUAGAGGACGGGCAUUUAAACAACUCGCUGGGAUCCCCGGUGCAAGCUGAUGUGUACUUCCCACGCCUGAUCGUCCCCUUCUGUGGGCACAUCAAAGGAGGAAUGAGGCCGGGAAAGAAGAUCUUAGUUAUGGGCAUAGUGGAUCUCAACCCCGAGAGCUUUGGCAUCAGUCUGACUUGUGGGGAGUCGGAAGAUCCUCCUGCAGAUGUAGCCAUUGAACUGAAAGCUGUGUUUACAGACAGGCAGUUUGUCAGAAACUCUUGUGUAGCCGGAGAAUGGGGAGAGGAGCAAUCGUCUAUUCCUUACUUUCCUUUUAUACCGGACCAGCCUUUUAGGGUUGAGAUACUUUGCGAGCAUCCCCGUUUUAGAAUAUUUGUGGAUGGACAUCAGCUCUUUGAUUUUUACCACCGUAUUGAAACACUGUCAGCAAUUGAUACGAUAAAGAUAAAUGGAGAUCUUCAGCUUACGAAACUUGGCUGAGCUUGUGAGGACUGCAGAUUCCAAACCGGCUCAGGUGCCAUCAUCCGUUUGGAGAAGUGACAGCCGGCUCUGGACACAGCUAUGGUAGGAAGGCUGCCCCGUUCCUUUUCCGCAUGCAGUUCUUCACUCCUGUGCCGAUGAACCGGGCUGUUGUUUAUCCUAAUGAAGAACACUGUUGGUUAAUAGACAUUGAGCCGUUUUUCUUGGAUCAAAAUAGCCUACCUAUACUGGAUAAUCAAAUUGGAAUGGAUUCAGAAAGACUUGCACUCUUGUCUCAGAUCUCACAGAAAGGCAAUUUCUCAAGCGCAGCGCUAAAACCAGUUACUGAACAGCAGUGACAACAACAGAAAGUUUUUCUUUUGCAAAUAUUGUUUCUGCACUGAAGUGGAGUAGUGUAGCACAACAUAGGGCCACGUGCUGACGUCCUUACCCAGGGCCUGAGCCUGGUUCCAUGGAAAUCAAUGGCAAAACUCCCACUCACUUUAACUGGGUACAAUCAAACUGUCUAGUCCUUAGUCAAGCACAAUUCCCACUGAUUUCUAUGGGAUUUUUGCACAUGCCUGGGCGUCAGCUCUUCUGCUGGUCUAAACCAGCAUCACCUCCAUGGCUUGCAUGGAGUUUUGCUGAUGGCUGCCAGCAGCAGACUUGUCCCAAGGACUGUGCAAAAAUGGAAUGAGGGUAUGAGGACACUGCCUGUGUAUUUUAGUCAGGGUAUUUGCAUAGAAUGUAGAACGUUACGAGUUUUUGCACAACGUAUUGUUAAUACAGUUUUUAAAGCUUAUCUGUAGUUUAUUUAUUUAUACUCAUUGUAUGUAUUAUUAGUAAAAAUGAACAACCUUACUGAUGGUUAAGAAUCAAGCAAAAGUGUAAACAUUUUGAAUGUACAAAAUGUCUUUUAGGUUCUUUGGGUAAACUUUACAUAUCAUUCUUGAAAAAUCCUGUUUCCUGUCGAGCAUUUAGUUACAUUUUAAUGGAGCCCUCUAGGCCCUGGGAAAACGUGGGCAUGGUAGUUGGUGGGGGUGGGGGGAACUUUUUGCAUAUUCACUCAAAACUGCUUUUCAGGGGUUACUAACUUUGCUGCAUAGGAUAGGUUUGAGUUCAAGUCAAUCCUCUGAAAAAACAGCAAAUUUGAAGUUGGAACCGUGCUUGUGUAACCUGAGAAAAAGUUCAGUUUGGCAGCCUCUUAGUUGAGGAAGAGAAUGAGCCUCUUUCCAAGGGAGAUGGGAGAUUUUCUGCACUUGUUUGAGAACAUAUUUGGCCUUUGAUAUGACAAUUAAAACUUGUCUAGACAGCCAAGUUAUUAAUGCUUGAAAAUCAGCUACUGCACAUGAAUAAUAACUUUUCAAGUAGCUUUUUAAAUAGUAGGUAUAGCUGUAUAAACACAGUCAUUGCGCUACACUAUAAAUGAACACAGCCACUUUUCUUGACUUCUUUAGGACUAAAUACACUUUUUUCCUUGGCUGCUCACAACAGACUGUCACUGGUCUUUCUGAGUAGUUAUAAUCAUGAUAGAAACGUAUAUUUAGACAAUUUUGAAAACAUGUAAUAUAGGGACUUUCUAAGACACAGAAUACAAAAACAUCCUUUGUAGGACUGUAUUUAAAGAAAAAAAGAGAGAGAGAAGAAUCUCACAAAGAGAAUUAUGUUAAACCUGCAAUAAAGCUGUGGUUUAAAGCAACUAGAACUGGAAUACCCAAAGUUAAGGGUAGCAUGCCAGUUGCAAAGCCUCAUUUUGCGCUAAUAUGGCCUGCAGUUAAGAAGCCUUAGACUGCAAGCUGAAAUUCCAACUGUGGCUCUAGUCCAAAGCCUGUUGAGGUCAAUCAGAGUCCUCCGAGCACAGAAGCCUGAUUCUUAUUUCAUGCAAGUGCAAAUCUCUUUGCAAAACCAGGGGGGUGUUGUUGCUGCUGCAGCUAAGAAUCAGGCUGCUGCCUAUAAAAUACAAGUUAAAAAUCAAAUUUUAGCCUUAACAUUGACAUUCCCUGACUUUUCCUUCCUUUUUCCAAAUUGAAAACCUGUUGUUUUCCAGAUGAUCUUUUUAGCUGAUGUGUGGCUUUUAAGUUGUACAUCAGAUCCUAUUUGUACUCCAGAUUGAAUAAGAAAUGUUCCUGUCUUGCUCUGUUUUUACUCUUUUACAUGAUACAUGAUGACUGCGUCAUUUUUCCGUUGUAUAAAGAAUGCUGACAGUGUUUCGGUACAAGAUAUAUUCUUAAAAAUUAUGAUUAUGAUGAUAAUAAAAAUCCAAGGGAAA